CAAGUCUUGAUUUGUUUCAAAUUGGUUCAUUUCCCUCAAAAAUAGUUUGUUUUCAAGAUUUUACCUUUUAUUCCGCUAUGGUGAACUGACAAAAUGCGACGCAGUCUAGCGCCGAGCCAACUCGGCUCCGGAGACAGUGUUUUCAAAAGCCCUCUGCUAAAUUCGUCCAAACGCAAGAAGCGAGAAUGCACAAAGACGGUCGCACCUCGAACCCUCACUCAAUCCAUGUCUGCAUCAGACCACGAGAACUUAAUCAAGCAGAUAUUAAGCAAGCCGUUCAAAGUGCCCAUUCCGAACUACGUUUCGUCGUAUUGCAGCAAAAGUUUAGGGUUAAAACGGACACAAGUCAGACGGGCUCUACACGACCCCGAUGAGCCGAAUGCGUUGGUUCUGUAUCGCCCUCCUCAUAUACCUGAACAUGAAAAGAUGAAAAUGAACCCAAAAGACAUUAGAGUAGGGGUUGUGGUCGAUCCCGUGCUAGGAAAUAUACUAAGGCCGCAUCAGCGCGACGGAGUUAAAUUCAUGUACGACUGCGUGACCGGACAGCAGAUUGAAAACGCCUUUGGCUGUAUUAUGGCUGACGAAAUGGGUCUCGGGAAGACUCUCCAAUGCAUAACUUUACUAUGGACAUUGUUAAGACAGAGCCCGGAGUGCAAACCAACCAUUUGUAAGGCAAUCAUCGUGUGCCCCAGCAGUUUGGUGAAGAACUGGUAUAAUGAGAUACAGAAAUGGCUUGCGUCAAGGAUUAAUGCUUUAGCUAUGGACGGAGGUUCUAAAGCAGACAUAACCUUGAAGUUACAGCAAUUCAUGAACACGUACUCUGCGACUAGAGUUGCUACUCCAGUGUUGAUAAUCUCCUACGAGACAUUCAGGAUAUACUCAAAUAUACUGCACUCAUCAGAGGUCGGCUUGGUCCUCUGUGAUGAGGGCCACAGAUUAAAGAACAGUGAGAAUCAGACAUACCAAGCACUGAUGGGUUUGAAAGCUAAAAGGAGGAUUUUGAUCUCAGGCACACCUAUUCAAAAUGAUUUGACUGAAUAUUUCAGUUUAGUACACUUUGUCAAUGAAGGGAUUCUUGGAACGGCACAAGAGUUCAAGAAGAAAUACGAAAACGCAAUUUUAAGAGGCCAGGAUGCCUUAGCAACUGAGCUAGAGAGAGAAAAGGCGCAGGAAUGCCUAGCUACCCUCACUGGAAUAGUCAACAAAUGUAUGAUCCGAAGAACAAGCAGUCUGCUCACAAAAUACUUGCCGGUCAAGUUUGAACAGGUCAUUUGCGUGAAAAUGACGCCACUUCAGACUCAAAUCUACAAGAACUUCAUCAAUUCUGAUGCAAUUCGAAAUAAAUUCUCCGGCAAUGGAGAGAAGAAUACUCUGAGUGCCUUGUCAAGCAUCACCUCACUGAAAAAGCUCUGCAACCAUCCUGACCUAAUUUAUGACAAGAUUAUAGAAAGAUCAGAAGGUUUUGAAAAGGCGAAAGACUUACUGCCAAACCACUAUGACAUUAAAGAUGUCAAGCCCGAAUACUCUGGAAAACUCAUGAUCCUAGAUUGCAUUCUUGCUAAUCUGAAAACGAACACAGAUGACAAGAUAGUCCUUGUAUCAAACUACACACAAACUUUAGAUCUGUUUGAAAAGCUUUGCCGUAAACGAUGCUACCAAUAUGUAAGACUGGAUGGCUCUAUGACGAUCAAAAAACGAGCUAAAGUUGUUGAGAGCUUCAACAAUAAGGAAUCUAAGGAAUGGAUCUUCAUGUUAAGUUCGAAAGCGGGAGGAUGUGGAUUGAAUCUCAUAGGAGCAAACCGUUUGAUCAUGUUUGAUCCCGAUUGGAACCCGGCUAACGAUGACCAAGCUAUGGCUCGAGUGUGGCGCGAUGGACAAAAGAAACCUUGCUACAUCUACCGACUCCUAGCCACAGGGACAAUAGAAGAGAAGAUAUUCCAACGACAAGCCCACAAGAAAGCCCUAAGUGACACUGUUGUAGACCAAAAUGAGGAAUCUCUAAGGCAUUUCACUUCAGAUGACUUGAAAGACUUGUUUAGAUUGGAAGAGAACACAUUGUCUGACACUCACAGCAAGUUUAAAUGUCGAAGAUGUGUAAAUAACAUCCAAAUUACCGUACCUCCAGAGAAUUCAGAUUGUACAUCAGACUUAUCUAACUGGUAUCACUGUGCCGACAAGAAAAACUUAGCAGAUCUUGUUCUUAAGCAAUGCUGGGAUCUCGCAAAGAGUAUUUCCUUCGUUUUCCAUCACCGCUCAGCUAAGACUGAAGCGCAGAACGAGAUAGAGGAUAAGGAAAAUGUACAGGAAAAGAAGAGAAGGAAAAUUGAGAUAGAUGAAGAUUAUUCAGAGCCAGAUGACAGUGCUGAUGAAGAUUAUGCUUAGUUUAAAUCAUGUAUUAUUUUGUUUGUUUCUCAGACACUUUUAGAUUAGGCGGGUCCACAACUCGACACAGAAAGAGCCGCCUCGCGAGGCAGCUCGGUCUGCGAAGACGUGCCUCACCCGAGGCAUUGCGACCGCGAGUGCGUUUGCUUCGCCCGAGGCACGUCUACACAGACGGAGUUGCUUCGCGCGGCAUUUUCCUCGCGAGGCACCUCGUUCUGUGUGGACCCGCCGAUUUUCAUAUUGGCACCCAAUAUUUUUGCCUGGAUAUGCGUCAGAAUUUCAGUGACCUUUUUAGUUAAAAAGUUUAAAGUUUUUAGUUAGUUUUUUUUAAUUUACGAUAGAAGAAGAAAUUAUGUUAUUAUAUAAAUAUUGAAGAACUCAUUUUUGCGCUUGCACAAUCUACUAAAAAACAGAUACCUUUCGAAAAACACUGACAUAUUUUCAAGUACACCAACGAUUUCUAUCAUAUUAUUUCAGGUUGUUUUUUACUUUGUACUAUAAGGUUGGUUUUGUUGCAGAAAUGUAUGAAAACCCCCAAAAUAUGAGUUAACUUUUGUUUAAAUUUGUAGCAAAAUGAGAGAGUUUUCUGUGACAUAAAUUUCUUGAAAUGUAAAUAAUUCUGUUCUAAGUUAACUAUUAUGAGGAGUGAUUAUAUUUUCCAUUUGUAUAUAA